AUGCACGCUCAGCAGUACUCUCUCCUGGUCGCCGCUGCGAUCCUCGCUGUCAGCCAGCAGGUCGCCGGUCUGACCUUCACCAACGUGGAAGCUACCUACUGGUAUGACACCACCCCGAUUGGGGUCGGGGGAAUCUGCGCUGCUAACCGCCGUGAGGUGGCGACUUGGAACGACCCGAUUUACAGCAAGACGAACCCGGCCAUCCCUGCCUGCGCUAAAGAAGGCGAGACUUACGCGAGCAUCAACUCCAACCGGAUGAUUGCGAUUCCCAAGGAACUCCUGACCUGGUCCGACAGGACUUUCUGCGGGAAAGAAGCCAAGGUCUUUGGACCGGACGGCAAGGAGAUCAUCUUCAAAGAUGGCCCGCUCUUUGCGUAUGAGGGGUGUGGCGACUGCAAAGCAAAGAACAGGAUCGACUUCUCUGCCCAAGUGUAUGCCGAGCUCUGUGGCGGGACGUGCGGCGUCGGGCCUGGGAACAACCCUGUGGGGUUCAGGGUGGAACUUCUGAACAACACCAUUUUCUGA